AAAAACAGAACCCAGAGGAAAAUAUCAUGGAGCUUCUAUUUCUUAUUCUAUCUUCCAUUGUUUUCAGCAUCUUUCUCUAUCAUGGCUUCGAUCUCCACCGGAAACGGAAAAUGCCACCAGGCCCCGCCGGACUUCCCAUCAUUGGGAACCUUCUUGACCUCGGUCCAAAACCACACGAGUCCCUUGCCAAGCUCUCCCAAAAGCACGGCCCCCUUAUGACCAUCCGCCUCGGCAGCAUCACCAGCGUGGUGGCGUCCACCCCGGAUGCGGCCAGAGAGAUCCUCCAACGCAAAGACGAGGCUUGCUCGGGGCGCAUUGUACCGGACGCGGUGACCGCGCUGGACAACCAUGAGGCGGCGGUCCUAUGGAUCCCGCCAAACGACGAGUGGCGUACCAUCAGAAAGGCCCUCAACACCUUCCUCACCCACCAACACAAACUGGACACCCUUCGUGACCUUCGUGAGAAGGUGGUGGACGGGAUGUUGGAGUUCCUGGAGGAGUCCGGCAAGAAGAAGGCGUCCGUGGACAUCGGGAAGCUGGCGUUCGCGGUCGCCCUCAACCAGAUGUCCAACACGUGCUUGUCACAAAACGUGACCAGCUACGAAUCUGAUGACAUCGGGGGGUUUAAGACGGCGGUCAAGACGCUGAUGGAGGUGGACGGCAAGUUCAACAUAGCCGACAUAUUUCCAGUGUUGAAGCCGUUGGACCCGCAAAACAUACGACGACAGGCGAAGGCGGCGUACGAUUGGUUCGAUGAGGUGACGGAAGGGUUCAUAAAGGAGAGGUUGAAGCAUCGAAAGCAGGUGGAGAGGUUUGGGGAUAUGUUGGAUUCCCUCUUGGAUUACUCUGAGAACAAUGAUACCGACUUCAAUCUCAUACAUAUCAAAACACUACUUGUGGAUCUAUUUUUAGCGGGGACAGAAACAAGCUCAAAUACAACGGAAUGGGCAAUGACAGAACUGUUGCUUAACCCUGACAUGUUUUCGAGGCUCCGUGAAGAAGUCUCCAAGAUUGUUGGAGAAAAUGGGAAAAUCCAAGAAGAAAAAAUCCUAGAUUUACCUUAUUUGAACGCGGUGAUCAAAGAAACGAUGCGACUCCACUUAUCUGUGCCUCUGUUAGUGCCUCACAAAACCGAAACUAAAGUUGAACUCGGUAAAUACACCGUACCAAAAAACACCCAAAUAUUGGUGAACGCAUGGGCCAUAGCACGGGACGCCCGGUACUGGAAAGACCCGUUAAUGUUUAACCCAGAGAGGUUCAUGGGUAAGGAUCAAUUGGAUUACAAGGGCCAACAUUUUGAGUUUCUACCAUUCGGAUCUGGUCGGAGGAUGUGUCCUGGGAUACCUUUGGCUCAUAGGGUUGUGAGUUUAAUGGUGGCAUCAUUUGUGUAUCACUUUGACUGGACACUCCCUCACCCAAAAGAAGAGAUGGACAUGAGUGACAUUUUUGGAAUUACACUUUUAAGGUCUACGCCUCUUCUUGCUUGUCCAAUAUCCGUCAAAUAAAUUACAACAAGGUGUUGAAAAAGCAUGUCAUACCUACUUACUUUAUAAUUUUUAUUGUAUAAUAAAUAAAUGAUUGAAGAUGUGAAAUGUCUCCAUCGAAGCUUGGGUACAUGACAACUUUAUAUACUCAACCCUCCAUCGAAGCUUGGGUACAUGACAACUUUAUAUACUCAACCCUCAUAUCGUAACUUUAAAGCAUAUAUGUGAAUGUUUAUUAUAGAAAUUGAUUUUGAUGGUGUUUA